AUUUGGUGCGGAUAGCAGUGAGUGCGGAGCUCAGCGCGACAUGUGCACAACCUCAUCUCCGCUCAAACUGACGCUGCAACCUGCAACUGCCCGAGCCACAGACAGAGAGAGGAAUUAUUUUAUUCAUGACCGGGCUAAAUUUAGUUAAACCUCUUUCUUUUUUUUGUGCUCAGUAGCAGCGGUAUAUCUUAGAAAGAAGUCCCUCCGUUUGAGUGAGUGAGUGAGUGAGUGUGUGUGUGUGUGUGUGAGCAUGCGGGGAUGAAGAAGUGCUGCUGCUGCUGAGUUUUGUUAUUAGGUUUCUCCGGGGCGGUGCUGCUGCUGCUGCUCCUAAAGAUCAUCCUGCUGCUGUCAUGGGUCCAUGGGAGUGACAUCAAAGUUUUUUUUUUGGGGGGGAUGAUUUUGCUCGCUUGAAAUAUUCCAGCUGAGGCUCCAACUCUAAUCCACGUCAGAUUUUCAUGUUUUUAGUCAAAUCUGCGCGUUUUAAUGAUCGGGAGAGGUCUGGUUUUAAUUGAUAAUUUGAGCGCAAAGUCAAGGGGCUCCAGGAGAGAGAGGAGAUGAACUUUGGAAAUUUACUACUUGUCACGGUCUCAUUCAUCACCAUCGCAUCAGGGUCCCGGGCUCGGUUUGAAGACAGCGCACCUCGGAUUGUGGAAGACCCAUCGGAUUUGAUCGUCUCCAAGGGGGAGCCUGCCACCCUCAACUGCAAGGCAGAGGGCCGACCCCCUCCCGGUAUCGAGUGGUACAAGGAUGGCGAGCGGGUGGAGACCGACAAAGAUGACCCCCGUUCCCAUCGCAUGCUCCUGCCCAGCGGCUCCCUCUUCUUCCUACGCAUCGUACAUGGACGGCGGAGCAAACCGGACGAAGGCGUCUACACCUGUGUGGCCCGCAACUACCUGGGAGAAGCCAUCAGUCGAAAUGCGUCGCUCGACGUUGCCAUCCUGAGAGAUGAUUUCCGCCAGGCCCCGAGUGACGUGGUGGUAGCUGCGGGUGAGCCUGCAGUGUUGGAGUGUGUGCCUCCUCGUGGUCACCCCGAGCCCACUGUGUCCUGGAAACGCAACAACGUCCGAGUCAGCAGCAAGGAUGACCGCAUCUCUAUGCGUGGGGGCAAACUGAUGAUCUCUAACACCAGGAAGAGUGAUGCUGGCAUGUAUGUUUGCGUGGGCACAAAUAUGGUUGGAGAGAGGGACAGCGAUCCUGCAGAGCUGGUGGUUUACGAACGUCCUGUGCUGGUACGAAGGCCAGUGAACCAAGUGGUCAUGGAGGAAGAUACGGUGGACUUUCUGUGCGAGGUCCAUGGAGACCCUCCCCCCACAGUGCGAUGGCGCCGGGAGGAAGGGGAGCUACCCCGUGGGAGGUUUGAAAUCCGCAACGGCAAUAGCUUGCGUUUGUUCCGCGUGAAGGAGCAGGAUGAAGGGACCUAUAUCUGCACAUCUGAGAACAGUGUGGGCAAGACAGAGGCCUCCGCCAUGUUGCAGGUCCAUGUUCCUCCUCAGAUUGCUACAAAGCCCCGUGAUCAGAUCGCCUCCCAGGGGAGGAGCGUUGCCUUCCAAUGCGGCACCACGGGAAACCCUCCACCUGCCAUCUUCUGGCAGAAAGAGGGCAGCCAGAUGUUGUUAUUCCCCGGGCAGCCCCCAUCACAGUCUGGCCGUUACUCUGUCUCCAUGAGCGGAGAGCUGACCAUCACAGACGUCCACCCUGAGGACUCAGGUUUCUACAUCUGCCAGGCCAUCAGUGUGGCUGGAAGUGUGCUGACCAAGGCGCUGCUGGAGGUGGAGGGAGGUCCUUCAGGUCGUGUCCCACCGAUUAUUCGCCAGGGCCCAGCCAAUCAGACGGUGUCUAGGGGUGCGACGGUGCAGCUGCAUUGCCGAGUGAUCGGAGGGCCUGCAGUCAGGAUUUCAUGGGAGAAGGAGGGAGAGAGGCUUCAGGGAAAUAAACCGCGGGUGACCUUGAUGGAGAACGGCACACUGCAAAUCGCAGACAUAAAGGACAUGGACUCGGGGAUGUACACGUGCGUGGCAUCGAGCCCCACAGGGGAGUCAAGCUGGAGUGGGAUGCUGACUGUCAGAGAGGACGGAGUUUCAUCAGUUUCCAAAGUUUCUGAGUUCAUCCAGCUCCCAGGGCCUCCGCAGAAACCUGUAGUGACAGAGGUGACCAAAAACACUGUCACCCUCACCUGGCAGUCAAACCCACAUGAAGGCGGUGCCGCAGUCACCUCCUACAUCAUCGAAGCCUUCAGCCAAUCAGUGGGCAGCACUUGGCAGACGGUGGCGGACCACGUGAAGCAGGAGCGGCACACGGUGGUCGGACUUUUCCCCAACACUGUUUAUCUCUUCAUUGUCCGAGCUGUUAACUCUUACGGCCUCAGUGAUCCCAGUCCCAUAUCGGAGCCUGUCAGGACUCAGGAUGGCAGUCCUACAGAACAAGGUGUGGACCACAGACAGGUGCAGAGAGAGUUAGGAGAGGUGUCUGUCUACCUGCAGAAGCCCGUCGUUCUGUCUUCCACCAGUGCCAGGAUUUCUUGGACUGUCGCUCUUCAGUCUCGGUACAUUCAGGGUUACCGUGUGUUCUACCGCACUAUUGGCAGCUCCUGGUUGGUCCAGGAUGUGGAGGCCACGUCUGAUCAUAGCACCAUUUUAGUAGAUCUGCACAGCAACAAAGAGUAUGAGAUCAAGAUCCGACCGUACUUCAAUGAGUUACAGGGACACGACAGCCUCAUGGUAUUGCUGCGUACACCUGAGGAGGUGUUAAGUGCAACUCCACAGGCGGUGUCAGUGGUUCAGCUCACCAACAGCACCAGUAUCAGUGUGUCCUGGGAGCCUCCGCCUCAUAACACUCAGAGUGGGAUCAUCCGGGAGUACAAGGUUUGGUGCCUGGGCAGCAGCUUGGAGCCGGAGCAUCAGAUAAACCGAACAGUGGACGGAGCGGUUCUGUCCAUCCUGCUGACAGGCCUACUGCCUGAUGUCCGCUACACCGUCGCCGUGGCUGCUGUCACCAGCUUGGGCGUGGGUGCUCAAAGCCUUCCUGUCAGCCUGCUCCUCACUCCCCCACUGGAGAAGACCUUGACGCCUGUGAAGAAAGGCGGUGACCUAAGCAUAUCAGAGCAGAUCACGAGAGUCAUCCGGCAGCCGGCCUUCAUCGCAGGUCUGGGUGUCGCUGCGUGGAUGGGGCUGAUGGGUUUCAGCGGUUGGCUGUACUGUCGACACCGCAGGAGGAAGCAGCUGGGACACUACACCACGUCCUUCGCAUACACACCUGCAGUUGGCUUUGCUCACAGCGAGGGGUCUGGAAUCAUCAACGGAGGGCCUGGCUUGCUGGGGUCAAACAUGGGUACCUACCCCUGGCUGGCCGACUCUUGGCCCACUCCAAACCUCUCUCAUAACGGCAAAGACUCGGGCAAACUGGACUCAGACAGAUUCUACAACAGCAUUAUGAACUACCCCAACCAGACGGAGAAACGCAGCACCGCCUCCACCGACAGCCCCAUCUACAGCACCAUCAACCCGGCUGCGGAGGACGACCUGCUGGCUUACUACGACACCUACUCCAGCGCGUCCUACGUCCAGGGUCCUGACCCGUACAGCAGCAACCCGGUUCUGUCAAACGGUGGGCUCGUGGGUCUGGAGCAUGAUCUGGACCAGUGGACCAUCCAGUCUGGUCAGUCUGGGUCUGAAUAUGCAAAGCUCCAGUACACCAAGAAAAGUAACGACAAACUAGUCAAGCAGAAGUCGAAUGGGUCCAUGUCGAAGGCUCCUCUCACCUGGGUGGAUGUUUUGUCCCUUCCCCUUCCUGCCAAUAAAGAAAAAGGUCACACAAGAACAGGCCAAGAAGAAAAGCAACACAGCUCUGAGGAGGAAGAUGACGACUGGUGUCCCCCGCUGCCUGCCAGGACCUACCUGAUGGACACCUCCAGGGAGGAGCUCUCCAGCCUGCCCUCUAAACCGGAUGAGCUGUCCCACGCACCAACCCGACUGUCUUCCCCACAGCGAGAUACACACAAGCCCAGCGACAGCCCAAGGCAGCAGCACUUUGACCUCCUGGCCCGUCACCAGGUCUCCCAGUCCAACCCAGAUCUGUUUACCACCAAAACCCGGGACGCCAGUGAGGUGUACCACACACGCCAAUGGGCAGAAGAUUUGAAGGGAGAGAGUCUCAGCAAGGGACAAUCUCUGGCUCCCGCUGCCGAGUUGAGCCCCACAGCGCAGGCACACAGAUCCAGGAGUAAGAAGAGAACACCCAAGGAUGGACAGCUAAGGCGAGAGCUACACAUCCAACCAGAACUCCCCCCUCCACCAGCCCCUCCCCCCACAGAUGACUCCCUGAAGCUCCUGGUUGACGUUUUGAGCCGCAGCCGAACAGACAGUGAGAGGAAAGAGGGUAGCGACUCGCCCUCUCUUCAGAGGAGGGGAGAACAUUUCUCACCCCAAAGGAGAGGACCUACAAAGUGGUUAUCAGAGGAUGAGAAUGUAAUCCCAUAUGGACAGUCCAGCUUCCUGCCCAACGUCCAGAUGUCAGGCUACGGGUCCCUGGGUGGAGGAACCUUCUCACGGCCCGCUACCACUGGCCGGAGGAGAGAAGAGAACCUCAUGUAGUGAGGCGCAGACUACGAGGCAUGGCAUCCUCCAUUUCCCACCAUGAUUCCUGUCUUUGUGACCACCAAUCUGUUGCCAUGGUAACUAUUGAAAAGCUAAAGUCUUAGGGGGAAAGCGUCCAGGCUGUCCAUCUGCCUUUUUCACAAACAAUUUUUAUUUCCUCCCAAUGAUUGAAUCUUUAUUUUUUUUUGUGAUUUUCUUCACCCUGUCUCCAUGUAUAUAAACAUCUUUGCAUUUAAAAAAAAAAAAAAAAAACAUGAACAGAUAUAUUACUAAAUAUGGAUCCGGGGUUAUAAAAACAAAAAGGAAAUCUGUAUUUUUAGGCAUUGGGACAUAAAUGUAACUA